AUAACAGCAACAUACGAUAUCGAUUGCCAGGUAAAAUCUCCUCAGCAUGGCCCCUUUAUUAAAAGAAGCCUGCCCAACACACACAAUAGCCAUUCCUACCAUAUCCUCUCUCCCUCUCUCCCCCCUCUCUCUCUCUCUCUCUCUCUCUCUCUCUCUCUCUCUGAUGGCUGUUCCAGCAAAGGUCCUCUCGUCAUCAAUGAAUGCUAGAACCACAGGCUCCGGCGACGAAACGAUAGUCCUUGCACAUGGUUUUGGAGGAGACCAGUCUCUCUGGGACAAGAUCAGUCCUUCCUUGGCCAAGCACUACCAGGUCCUCUCCUUCGACUGGUGCUUCUCUGGCGCGGUCGAAGACAAGAACCUCUUCGACCCUGCAAAGUACUCCACGUAUGACGCGUACGCCGACGACCUCAUCGCGCUCCUCGACGAGCGCGGUCUGAAAUCGGUGAUCUUUCUGGGGCACUCCAUGUCCGGCAUGAUCGGAUGCAUUGCCUCCAUCAAGAGACCCCAGCUCUUUCAGAGGCUCAUGCUACUUCUCGCAUCUCCAAGGUACUUAAACUUGGGUGACUAUGUGGGUGGGUUUGAAGAGUCGCAAAUCGAUGACAUGGUCUCAAGCAUCCGAUCGAACUAUCAAGAAUGGGUCGAGAACUUCACUCCUGCAAUCGUGGAUCCCAAGGACCCGCCUUCGGUCGACAAAUUCCGACAGUGUUUGUGCAGCAUGAAGCCGGAGGUGGCAGCAUCCUUGGCCGAAUCCAUCUUCCGCUCUGACCACCGGCACAUCCUUGCGAACGUGACCGUGCCGUGUACCAUAAUUCAGGUCACCAACGACAUGGCGGUGCCGGCCUCCGUAGCCCACUACAUGAAGGAGAAGAUCUCGGGUCCGUCAACCGUGGAGAUGAUUGAAGGCACAGGACAUUUCCCCCAGCUGACUGCACACGAGCAGCUCCUCGAUGUGCUCCGCCGAGCUCUGGGGUUCGACGCUCCCGGCAGAGAGGACGCGCCCGCACCAACUGUGUCAACGGGACCGGUCGACCAUGGUUGUGAUUGAGAUCCGGUCGGUCGGAUUUUGAAUCAUAAAUCUCUCCUUGGACUGCCCAACUUCUCGCGUGAUGUUGCUAGCGAUGAUAGUCUAUUACUAUCUAAGAUGACAAAAUUGUGCGGUGAUUUCUGCUUGGUUUGGUAUUGUUUAAUCAUUAGUUUUGGGAUAGAUGUAGAGGUUGUGGUCGUAUAGUUGGUACCAGUUUAGUUGAAUUACAUGUAAUGUAUCCGUCGUGAGAUGUGAAGUUUUUUAUCUAGAUUUUUCUCAAUUU